AUGACUACCGGAGUCUCCCCGUUGAGCUCUCCACGCCUCCCCAGCCCUCCUCCUUUUACAGAAGUCCAAAUCGGGCCCCAGUCGCCUUCUGUUGGCGAGACAUUUGGAAAGGAUGCGGAUCAGAUCUUAGGCGUGCCGGCGCAGGAUGAUGCCUCGACGCGCAGGAUUCGACCGGGCAGCAAAGCGGUUAAUAUGGCAUUCGGUCCGCCACUGAUUCCAUUGUCGCAGCUCGACUCCCCUUUCCAGCUUCAGGAGCACCUGAAAGCCCUGUACCACCACUUUACGAAACCCGAAGGAUCGGACACGGUGGUCCCGAUUAACCGCCAAGUCGCGAUCGAGCUCGCGGAACCACCAGAGGGAGUCGACCGGUCCCUCUGGCUUUACGAACUUUGCCGAUUCCUCACGAUGAAAGUUAAUAAUCUGCUCAUUGCGUUUUUUGCCGAGGAUCCGCCUUGCUCGGCGCAGACCUGCCCGGAGAUGCGCGCAUCGGAGUGGCAAUAUCUUUGCGCUGUCCACGAGCCUCCUAAGUCCUGCUGCGCUAUCGAUUACUGCUGCCAUACUCUCGACUGGGCCACAAACACCCUAACUUCGCCAAAGAACUUCCCCAGCCGACUGACAUUAGGCUCCGAGACCGCUGGCGGACCACAGGCAAGCAUGAGGCAUCUCACCAAUAUCUUCCGCCGUCUGUACCGUAUCUUCGCACACGCCUGGUUUCAGCACAGAAAUGUUUUCUGGGAGGUUGAGGGCAAUGAUGGCCUUUAUGUCUUUUUCAAAACCGUUUGCGACAUGUACAACCUUAUUCCGGAGGAUAAUUACACCAUUCCUGCCGAGGCAGAAGGGCUAGAUGCUACUGAGCCUCAAGCAGUGACCGAGCCGGUUGAGAGCAAGCGUCUAACAAUUUUGCGCAAGGAUGGUGAAAGUCCUUUCGGCUCACUAGAGAACAUGGCUCCCCCACUCGAUACCGGCGCCACCACACGGCGACACAAGCACAGUCCGUCUACCGGUUCUCAUGUCGGAACUAUCACCGAAGCUGCGGAGGACAACGAGGAUUCUCCCCAAGCUUCCGUUCUCUUGCGACCCACUUUGAGGGACGCUCCCGAGCCCCGGCCCCAGUCACCCGUCAAGGCCGAGAUCGAGGCCGAAAUCGCCGCCGAAGAGACAGAAGAAACAACAGAGACCCCCAUUGAAGCGACCGAGUCUGUCCCUGCUGAUGAGAAUGAGGUCCAAGAACCAACGGAAUCGCCCGUAGAAACGGAACAAACUACCGAACAAUCCAACGAAGAUGGCCCAGAGAAAGAUGCGGAGCAGUCGGAGCAGCCGCAAAUCCAAGAAAGCGAAGAGACCGAAACCCCAGAAUCUACCGAAAAGGCCCCCGAGGGCGACGAUGUGACGACCCCUUCCGUUGAUCAGGAGGCCAAAGAAGAACCAGAGACGAAAGCCGAGACUGAGGCCAAGUCUGAAGUUGAAGCUGAAGCUACAGCUGAAGCUACAGCCGAAGCUACAGCCGAAGCCGAGUCGAAGACGGAAUCCUAG